UGUCGCAUCUUCCCAGACAGUAAAGCCAUUGUGGAUGGAAACCUGAAGCUCAUCUUGGGCCUGGUGUGGACUUUGAUCCUUCACUACUCCAUCUCCAUGCCUGUAUGGGAAGACGAAGGGGAUGAUGAUGCCAAGAAGCAGACUCCGAAGCAGAGGCUACUGGGAUGGAUUCAGAACAAGAUCCCGUACCUGCCCAUCACCAACUUUAACCAGAACUGGCAAGAUGGCAAAGCCCUGGGUGCCCUGGUCGACAGCUGUGCUCCAGGUCUAUGCCCAGAUUGGGAAUCCUGGGACCCACGAAAGCCUGUGGAUAAUGCCCGAGAAGCCAUGCAGCAGGCCGAUGACUGGCUGGGUGUCCCACAGGUCAUCACUCCUGAGGAAAUUAUUCACCCUGAUGUAGAUGAGCACUCCGUGAUGACUUACCUGUCCCAAUUCCCCAAAGCCAAGCUCAAGCCAGGUGCUCCUCUUAAACCCAAACUCAACCCAAAGAAAGCCAGGGCCUAUGGCAGAGGAGUUGAACCCACCGGAAACAUGGUGAAGCAGCCAGCCAAGUUCACUGUGGACACCAUCAGCGCUGGGCAAGGAGACCUGAUGGUGUUUGUCGAGGACCCAGAAGGGAACAAAGAAGAGGCACACGUGACCCCUGACAGCGACAAGAAUAAGACAUAUUCUGUGGAGUAUCUGCCCAAGGUCACUGGGCUACAUAAAGUCAUAGUCCUCUUCGCAGGACAGCAUAUUUCCAAGAGCCCGUUUGAAGUGAAUGUUGACAAGGCCCAAGGAGACGCCAGCAAAGUCACUGCAAAAGGCCCAGGGUUGGAAGUUUCAGGGAACAUUGCCAAUAAGCCCACCUAUUUUGACAUCUACACAGCGGGAGCUGGUGUGGGUGACAUUAAUGUUGAGGUGGAAGAUCCCCAGGGCAAGAACACUGUGGAGCUGCUCGUGGAAGACAAAGGAAACCAGGUGUAUCGAUGCGUAUACAAACCAGUGCAGCCCGGUCCCCAUGUGGUCAAGAUCUCCUUUGCUGGGGAUGCCAUUCCCAAGAGUCCCUUUGGUGUACAGGUUGGGGAAGCCUGCAAUCCAAAUGCCUGCCGGGCCAGCGGCCGAGGCCUACAGCCCAAAGGCGUCCGGAUCCGGGAGACUGCAGAUUUCAAGGUGGACACUAAAGCAGCUGGAAGUGGAGAGCUUGGUGUAACCGUGAAGGGCCCUAAGGGCCUGGAGGAGCUGGUGAAGCAGAAAGGCUUUCUGGAUGGGGUCUACUCAUUUGAGUAUUACCCCAGCACCCCUGGGAAAUACAGCGUUGCUGUCACUUGGGGGGGACAUCACAUUCCGAAGAGUCCCUUUGAAGUUCAAGUUGGCCCUGAAGCAGGCAUGCAGAAAGUCCGUGCGUGGGGCCCUGGUCUCCAAGGUGGGGUUGUUGGUCGGUCGGCAGACUUCGUGGUGGAGUCUGUUGGCUCUGAAGUGGGGACUCUGGGGUUCGCCAUUGAAGGCCCUUCCCAGGCAAAGAUUGAGUAUGAUGAUCAGAACGAUGGAUCAUGUGAUGUCAAGUACUGGCCCAAAGAGCCUGGAGAAUACGCUGUUCACAUCAUGUGUGAUGACGAAGACAUCAAGGACAGUCCAUACAUGGCCUUCAUCCACCCUGCUACUGGAGACUACAACCCCGAUCUGGUCCAAGCAUAUGGACCGGGUUUGGAGAAAUCUGGUUGCAUCGUAAAUAACCCCGCUGAAUUCAUUGUGGAUCCAAAGGAUGCUGGAAAAGCUCCCCUGAAGAUACUUGCUCAAGAUGGGGAAGGCCAUCCCAUUGACAUCCAGAUGAAGAGUCGGAUGGAUGGUACAUUUGCCUGCUCAUACACCCCGGUUAAGGCCAUCAAGCACACCAUUGCUAUUGUCUGGGGAGGUGUGAACAUCCCACACAGCCCCUACAGGGUCAACAUUGGGCAAGGUAGCCAUCCCCAGAAGGUCAAAGUGUUCGGACCAGGCGUGGAGAGAAGUGGUCUGAAGGCAAAUGAGCCUACUCACUUCACGGUGGAUUGUACAGAAGCUGGGGAAGGUGAUGUCAGUGUUGGCAUUAAAUGUGAUGCUCGAGUGUUAAGUGAAGAUGAGGAAGAUGUGGAUUUUGACAUUAUUCACAAUGCCAAUGACACAUUUACAGUCAAAUAUAUGCCUCCUGCUGCUGGGCGAUACACUAUCAAGGUUCUCUUUGCAUCUCAGGAAAUCCCCGCCAGCCCUUUCAGAGUCAAAGUCGACCCUUCCCACGAUGCCAGCAAAGUGAAGGCAGAAGGCCCAGGGCUCAGUAAAGCAGGUGUGGAAAAUGGGAAGCCGACCCACUUCACUGUCUACACCAAGGGGGCCGGAAAAGCUCCACUCAACGUGCAGUUCAGCAGCCCCCUCCCUGGUGAUGCAGUGAAGGACCUGGACAUCAUCGACAAUUAUGACUACUCACAUACUGUUAAAUACACCCCGACUCAGCAG